AUGUCAUCAACAAUGAAUAAUUGGUUAUCCCAUCCAAUGGAAGAACUAAAUGGUCUUAAGCAUCAUUUCGAUGAGACAUUGAAGAACUGGACUUCCUCUUUGACUCAUCCAACAUCGGAACCAACCGAUUGGGGUUGGAAACCCAGAAUGGAUGUCUGUGAAUCCAAGGACAACUACAAAAUCAUCCUUGAAUUGCCAGGUUUCCAACGUGAUGAUUUGGAUGUCCAAGUCAAUGGACGUUUCCUAUCGAUCAAGGGUAGUAAAUUUGAAAAGUCCACCGAUGAAUGGAAAUUCCAUCGUCGUGAAAGAUAUUCAGGUGGUGAAUUCCAUCGUGCUGUUGCAUUACCAGAAGGAAUUGAUGGAUCAUCUAUCCAAGCAAAAUUCCAAGGUGGUAUGUUGACUCUUACCAUUCCAAAGACUGGAGGUAAGAACACUCAACACAUUACUCUCUUGGGAAGUGAGGAACACUCCAACCUCCGUUCAGUCAUUGAAGCCGAGGAAGCAGAGAGAAGAAGAAGAAUCCAAGAUUUCAAUCCAACCUACUUGAAAUCCGGUGUCAAUAGUAAGAUUGGAUCGUUCAUGGAGGAGGGAUUCGGAAAUAGAAGACUCUUUGGAUUGGACAAGGAUCUUGCCAAGAACUCCAAUGAGAAUCGUAUCAUGUCCAAGAGAUUGGAGAUGAACGAACGUGAUCGUCGUGUUCGUGACAAGCGUGGUGAAGAUCAGAAGAAGCUGUUGGCCAACAAGGUUUCAAAGAUGGUCAAACCAAACAGCAGUGUCCAACUCCAAAAGUUGAAGCAUGUACCACUCUUCAAGUCAUCUCAUCAAAUGGAGGAGAAGGAACGUACCGAUCGUAUGCGUGACAAACGUGGUCAGGAAAUCUCAAAGUCCAACGCCAAGAAGGUAUCCAAUAUGAUCAAGUCAAGUGGUCGUCAUCAACUCAGACGUACUCCAUCCAAAUCUUCAUUCCACCCAAGCGGUAAGAACUCAUUCCACAAGAACACCUCCAAGUUUGCUCAGAUCCGUGUACACCCACACACUGAGCCAUUCCACGGAAAGAAGUCUUGUUUGGCCGUUCACCAAAUGGAAGAGAAGGAGAGAAACAGAAGAAUGGCUGACAAGAAUGGACAGCAACUCGCCAAGAAGAAUGCCAAGAAGAUCUCUGAUAUGGUCAAGAGAAGUGGAAAGAAAUCACUCCACCAUGUCUCUCGUCCAUCAUCUUCAUUCUCAAGAAUUCCAAUCACUACUGGAAGCAGCAGCAGUAAGUACAACUCUCACAGCUUCAAGUUCUCCAACUUUGGAAACAUGAACACUCAAAAGAUCAAUGCCUGUAGACACAUGGACAAGGUCGAGGAGAAAGAGAGAAACAGAAGACUCGCUGACAAGAAUGGACAGCAAAUCGCCAAGAAGAAUGCCAAGAAGAUCGCUGAUAUGGUAAAGAAGAGCGGUGGAAAAUCACGUCUCCACCCAUCUCCACACAGCUCAUCCAAGAGAGACAUUCAUCACCACACAUCUACUCAUCGUACCAUCUCCUUGGAAGAGAAAGAAAGACAAAGAAGAUUGAAAGACAAGAAGGGACAAGCUGACGCCAAGAAGAAUGCUAUGAAGAUCUCCAAGAUGGUCGAGAGAGAAGGAAACAGAGCCAACCUCCACAAGGGUUCCACCAACCUCUCAAAGAUCAACGCCGGUAAACACAUGAACAAGAUCGAAGAGAAGGAGAGAUCCAGAAGAAUCGCCGACAAGAAGGGAAUGGCCGAUUGCAAAAAGAAUGCCAAGAAGGUAUCUGACAUGAUCAAGAAAUCAGAGGGUGUAAAUAUGUUGAAGGUUAACCACGACAGUCCAAUGAAGCAUCAUGACAACAGACAGUUGGAUCUCAUCGAGGAGAAAGAGAGAACCAGAAGAUUGAAAGACAAGAAGGGUCAAGUCGACGCCAAGAAACUUGCCAAUCUCAUCUCACAGAUGGUCAAGGGAAGCGGUGGAAAAACUCAUCUCAAUCCACACCCAUUGAGUGCCACCAAGAUGGAGUACAAUAAGAGUACCAACAAAUUCCUCGGUCAAUUGGAAGAGAAGGAAAGAGAAAGAAGAUUGAAAGACAAGAAGGGACAGGCUGAUGCUAAAAAGACUGCCAAGAAGAUUGCCGGAAUGAUUGGUCGUGCUUCAUGUUAA